GUGAAAAGCACACGAUGUCGGAAAACUACCGUGUUUUUUCCAAGGUCUAGUUGGUUUACGCUAUCAACCGGUACACCUGUGUCUGACAGAAAUUUACAGAAAAGGUAUUCUGAUGGAAAAUAAUUGAUGACAGAAAGUCCAUGAUGUCAGGAACACAUUUGUUACGUCGAGUUUUGUCUCAAUCUUAUAAAGCCCAGCGGUUUGUGCAAUCUGGAUCGCUUCAUACAACUGCAGCAGGAUGCAGCAUUACAAGAAAAUCACAAAAACAGGGAAAAUCAUUGAAGUCGAGGAAUGUAUCUUGGUCAGCAGCAAGUUUCCAAGGCAGUGUUACAGUCAAUAAUGUAAAACUACGGACUGACAAAGUAAAGAAAGCUUCUCUUGUCAUUUUUGACAAAGAUGGGACUUUGAUUUGUUUUCACUCAAUGUGGACACCUUGGGCCAAAAAAUUAGUUGCCAGUAUUGAAGAAGCCACUGGUCGCAAAGGAAUCCAGGACAAGAUUUACGAUGUGCUGGGUUUUUGUACAAAGAAACAAAGGGUGAUGCCAGGACUUCUGGCAGAAGCCACAUCUGGAGAAAUCAAGGAUGAAAUGACAAAGAUGCUGGUUGGAGAAGGAAUGGAAGAAUCAGAAGUACGAAAAAUCUUAGACUCUGUGUGGUCCGAGGGCAAUGUCACAAACCCAGAGGAAAUGAAGAAACUGGGAGACCCAGAGACUCUCUUCAAAAUCCUACAGAAAAACAAUGUUAAAAUUGCUCUCAUUACUUCAGACAACCGCAAGGGUACAGAUGCCUUGCUACAGGAGCUAGGCUUAACAAAGUACUUUGAGCACGUCAUUUGUGGAGAUGACCCAAACACCGAACCAAAACCUGCUCCACACAAUGCUUUGAAAAUCUGCGAGAAGCUGGGAAUUGAUCCAUCUGAUGCAGUAAUGGUGGGAGAUACCAAAACAGACAUGCUUCUAGGAAAGUCGGCCAAGCUGGGGUGGAGUGUGGGGGUCCUGAGUGGGGUGGGGCAGACCGGGGACUUGCUGCCUCAUGCUGACCAUGUAGUCAAUGACAUUGAGGAUAUUUUACCUCUGAUUUUACCUUCAGAGGAUCUGAAGAGUUGUUAUGCCUAUUCCCACUACGAAAGAUUUUUGGUGGAACCCACUGAGCAGGAUACUCUUAUACCCAGCACAAAGAAGGCCCCGGCAGACUUGGUGAUAUUUGAUUUUCAUGGAACUCUCAUCUGUAUACAUAGAAAAUAUCCCAAAUUUGUGGAAUUUCUGUGUUCCAGGUUGAAGCAAAUGACUGGAUUGGACAUGUCAGAAAAAGUCAGCCGCUUACUGGGAUUAAAUAAAGAGGCCACUCGGGUGAUGCAUGGGGUUCUAUCAGAGGGUACCCCCUCAGAGGUCAGAGGGGCCCUGGUGGAGGCUCUGAGAAGGGAGGGGAUCUUCUAUGAAGAAGCCAUCAUGAUUGUCAACCAGAUAUGGAAAGAAGCAGAUGUCAUUCUGAAAGCUGAGCCAUCACCACUGUGUUCCAAUAUUGAGGGACUGUUCCAAGAACUGAGGCAAAAUGGAAUGAAAAUUGCCAUCAAUACUGGUGAACCGAGAGAAUUUGUAAUUUCAGACUUGAUGAACUUGGGGUUGACUAAAUAUGUGGAUAUGCUGAUAUGUGGGGACGAUCCAAUUUCUCAGCCUCGUCCUUCAGGGCACAACACUUUGUUGAUAUGUGAUGAAUUACAUGUGAGUCCGUCUAGGACUAUUGUUGUGGGAGAUUCUGUUGGAGAUCUUCAGAUGGGACAGUCUGCUUUUGUCAAGCAGAAAAUAGGAGUCUUAUCAGGUGUGGGUUCAGAGGAGCAAUUGAAGCUGUAUGCAGACAAUAUCAUUCCUAGCAUAGAAGGGAUUUCUGAUAUCAUACUACAAAAUGAAAAUCAAACUAACACAAAACAACAAGCUCAGAGAGCAGGUAGGAAAUUAUUUGCUUCAAGCAUUCCAUCAUCUUCAUCAUCAUCUAGAGGUUCUCAUUUGCAUCAGUCUCGUAGAUAUUUUAGCACAUCUAGUUGGAGAAUGGAUCACAUCUCUUCUAAGGACAACAAAUAUGACUACAUCAUUGUUGGGGCAGGCUCUGCUGGAUGUACCCUAGCUAAUCGCUUGACUGCUGACCCAGCUAAAAGUGUCCUUCUCCUGGAGGCUGGGCCUCGGGAUUUGUGGUCUUGGGAUUCCUGGAAGAUAUACAUGCCUGCUGCUUUAAUGUACAAUCUAUGUGACGACAAGUACAACUGGUAUUAUCAUACUGAACCAGAGAAAGGCAUGAACAACCGUGUCAUGUAUUGGCCAAGAGGUCGUGUCUGGGGAGGCUCCUCUGCCCUCAACGCAAUGGUCUACAUCAGAGGUCAUGCUUUGGACUAUGAUAGGUGGGAGAAGGAGGGAGCAAAGGGAUGGUCCUAUGCAGACUGCCUUCCAUACUUCCGUAAAGCUCAGUGCCAUGAAUUGGGAGGAAAUGAUUAUAGAGGUGGUGAUGGUCCACUCCAGGUGUCCAGAGGAAAGACAAACAACCCUCUCUUCAAUGCAUUUAUAGAAGCUGGAAUUCAAGCAGGGUACCCAUACACAGACGAUAUGAAUGGCUACCAGCAGGAGGGAUUUGGAUGGAUGGACAUGACCAUUGGUAAAGGCAAGAGGUGCAGUUCUGCAGCAGCAUAUCUACAUCCUAUUUUAAAAGAAAGAGCCAACCUGACUACACUAAACAAUGCUCUUUCAAGACGCAUCAUAUUUAAUGGCAAGCGGGCAGUAGGCAUAGAAUAUGAAAGGCAUUCAGACAUCCAGACUGUGUAUGGGGAGGAAAUCAUACUCAGUGGUGGAGCAAUCAAUUCCCCUCAGCUUCUAAUGCUGUCUGGAAUUGGAAAUGCAGACGAUCUACGAAAAUUGGAUAUUCCUGUUGUUCAGCAUCUACCAGGGGUUGGUGAAAACCUUCAGGAUCAUCUAGAAGUGUAUGUUCAACAAGAGUGCAAAAAGCCAAUCACACUUUACAAGGCCCAGUGGAAGUUUCCUCAUGUAAUGGUUAAGAUUGGUAUGGAAUGGUUUCUGAGGCAGACAGGGGAUGGAGCAACAGCUCAUCUGGAGGCUGGAGGAUUUAUCCGGAGUGAGCCCGGAGUUGAACAUCCCAACAUUCAAUACCAUUUUCUACCAUCUACCGUCAACGACCAUGGAAGGAAACCAGGAGACAGACAUGCUUACCAAGCUCAUGUAGGACCCAUGCGACCAACUAGCAGAGGAUACCUGAAGCUGAAAUCUGCUGAUCCCAAGGAACAUCCAAGGUUGGUUGCAAAUUACCUUACAACUGAACUGGAUAUACGUGAAAUGAGAGACAGCAUAAAGCUAACAAGAGAAAUCUUCCAGCAGAAGGCAUUUGAUCCUUAUAGAGGUCCUGAAUUAGCUCCAGGAGACAACGUUCAGACAGACGAACAGAUCGAUGAAUAUAAUCGCAAUAUGGCUGACAGUGCAUAUCAUCCUUCCUGUACCUGUAAGAUGGGAUCGGAGACAGAUCCCAUGGCUGUCGUUGAUCCCAAUACACGAGUGUAUGGUGUAGAGGGAUUGAGGAUCGUGGAUGCUUCCAUUAUGCCCAGUGUUGUCAGUGGCAAUUUAAAUGGACCAACAAUUAUGAUUGCUGAAAAAGCAGCAGAUAUCAUCAUCGGAAAUCCACCUCUACCUCGCUCAAAAGCACCAGUGUAUAAACCCGUAACCCUCAAGACUCAACGUUGAAGGUCUUUCUGAAAACAGGCAUAUUAACAUUGCACAUGUGCUCUAAAUUGGUGCAGAAUUGAUACUUCUUAAGAAUGUUGUUAUUUAUGUCUCAGUUUGCUUUUAGGUUAACCAAAACGGUGGCUUGAUUCAUAUGUAUGUCACCUUAAAUCCUAGUAUAUUUUGUACAGUUGUCUUUCAUUUUUCAUCAGAACUUUAGACUCGUUAGUGUCUUUACACAGUUGCUGUAAAUUUCACAUUUGUUUUUCUUUUUUCAGACACUUGAUCAAGAAUCUGGUGUCUGCACUUCACAGUCUGAGAAAAGCCUGUGUGUACUUUAGUGGAUACUCCAUUGUUCAUGUUCAUGAUCUUCUGAAAUUACUGUUGGUGAACAACAAAUACAUGACAUUGCCUUGGCCUUAUUUAAUAUUGAACACUUAGUCACAAACCAUGCAUUUUGUAUUGCCUUGCACAUCAUACUAAAUUAAUUAAUUUAUAUUAAAUCAUUUAGGAUUUAUGUUAUCUGCUUUGUAGACACAUUGUCUACUCUUUCCAUUUUCUCAUGCAUUAUAUUCAGUACUUUGAAAACCAUUCUGCCUCAUAAAAUUAAAUCUCCAGGUGAUAGUUGCAUGGAAUAUUUUAUAUACAUCUAUAAAGGGUUAAAAAAUUCAUUUGUUAUUUUUUUGUUUCCGACAUUUUCAAAUCGCAAAAGUAUGAUGUGAUUUAAGUGUCUCUGUCUUUUUUUCAUUUUAUAUAAUUAUUAGAUGCAAUGUUGACUUUUAUUUUUAAAAAAUUUUCUUUUACACUUGCCAUUUUUUGAGUUCAGGUUGAAAAUA